AUAUAUAUAUAAAAGGAAAAAAUAAGAGAAAAGAAAUCAAACAAAAUAUAAAACGCGUUAAUUAGCCUUCUUUUUGUAUUUGUGAUUGACCUGAUAACGUGUGUUUUUAAUUGCGAUAUAAUUACGAAAAGCGGUGUUUGAUGAAAGGAGCAGUUUCUGUAAAAAAAAUCAGUGUAUUACAGAUGAAAUAAACAUUUUUCUAAAAUAAAUGAAGAAACUACCACCACAGUAUAAUUUUCACGUUCGUUACUCUCAUGCACUUUUAGAUAAUCGUAAAUUACAAUAUUUGUAUCGGUAUAAUAUGUAUGUAAUGCGUAUGCUUCGCUCGAAUGUCAAUUUUUUUGUUAUAUUGAUGAGAAUGUCAGUUUGUAACCUUUUUUUUGAGAUGUUUCAAUUUAUCUUCUCUUUUUAUGUAAGAAGUGAAAUGAAUCUAGAUCAUUUGAUUAAUCUACAUUCAAGAUCGUUUUGAAAUUUCGAGAAAGUGAACAUUGAGAAGGAAUUAUUGAUAAAGUUUUGCUGUUUAAAUUGACAGCUAUUAUAUGCAGAGUUCUCAAUUAAAUGGAACUUCUGGGUCUGAUGUUACAGGCAAUCGAAUUUGUUCAGAAAAUUCAGAAUGUAUUGCAGCGGAAAAAGAAUCAAAGGCACUUCGUAAGCAAGUAGCAAAUUUAACAGAGACCAUCGCCGAUCUACAAAAUAAUAUUUACACAAAAGAUAUUCAAUUGGAAAACAUGCGUAAGGACGGAGAAAGAUUAUCAACGGAAUUGAAGAAGCAACAGAGAUGUAAUAGAAAUCUUAAACAACAGCUGGAUGAUGAGAGAUAUUUUUAUCAGAGAGAGAAGGAUCACUUUUGCGAAGAGAUGCAACGUCACAAAAACAAAUGUAGCAACAAUGGAUUGAAGUUACAAGAGCAACGAUGGAAAGAAUUGGAGGAUAUAAGAGACUCGUUGGAUGAGGAAAAUAAACAAUUGCGCGAGGAGUUAGCUGAGAAGAGUGAGAUCACAUAUAAUUUGUGUAUUAAAUUUCUACGUAUGAAGCAUGCAAAGGACACGCUUAGACAAAAGUUUGAUCAAUUGCAUCGAGAACACUUAAGAGUGAUGGAAGAAAUGAUGGAGAAGCUCGACGAAGCUAGAGAAGAACUCAACGUGAUUGUAUCGGAGAAGUUUCAAGAUCCAUUGCCAGUUAACAAGGCUAAAUUCUUGCAAGUCGUACAAAGAAAUACUCGAUUGGUUUAUGAAAAUGCGACUUUGAGAGUACAGAUUCAGCAUCUCACGCAAAGUUUAAAUAAAUUGAAGAACUAUACGGAGAAGCCUAAAGCGAUUAAAGUUGAUGCACGUAUCAUAGCAAAACUUGCUACUCAAAGUCGUAGAAGGCAAGAUUCGGAAAUAAUUAGAAAAAGUAUUGCGACAUCUUGCGUUACUCAACCUGUAACCGUAUCGACCAGCAAUUCGAGUACAAAUAACAGUAGAUCAGCUGAUAAAACGACCAAUGGAAAACUAGGCUCAAAGAUUCGAGCUAAAGCUUGGGAUAAGUAUAAGUUUGUGACCGUAAAAGAAGACUCUCAAGAAACAAGCUCGACCAAAUCUAAAAUUGAACGUAUAGAAGAAAAUAAAGAAAAAAUAAUCGAUCAAAAUGAUUCCACUUCUACGACCAGUACAGAUAGUACAACGGAACAUUUACAAAAAUAUAUUGAAGUACGUGACGUGUGUACGAACACGUGACAGGAGAAGUGAAAAGUAGAUGUUUCGUGAUUUUAAAAUCGAUUAUAUCUUAGUGAGUCAUGCUCGCUAUUUCAAAAGGAACACGUAUAUUAACAAAAUUUCCAUUCCGUUGGACGUAAAUAUUUGUUUAAAAAAAGAAAGAAGAAAUACAAAACGUACAGUGAAAAUAAUGAGAAAAUGUACGUUUAUAGAUACGCUAUAUACGUUAGAGAGAUCCUUGUUUUUUGUUAGUUAGAACGAUACUUGGAAGAAACGAAAAGAAAUAAGAAAGUUGGAAAUAAUUUAUUUAAUCUAAACGAAUGAGAAUAUAUUUAUAAACGAUUAUUUUUAUUAUCUUUUUAAAUCCUUACAAUUUAUUACUUUAAUAAAAUAUAAAUUGUAAAUGCUCCAAACGUAUGAAUCUCUUAUUUUGUUUCUAUAUAUGCUUGUAGGCCACACGCGAGUCCAAAAGUUUUUAGGCUUAUAAUUUUACUAUAUAAAAAAGAAAAAGGAAACAAAAAUGAGUGUAGAAAUAUUGAUUGUUUAAAAAUUAUUUAGAAACUUUUGAUCGACCUUGUAUUUUGUGUCGCAGUAUGUCAGCCGUUUUGUUUCUAUACGAUGUUAGAUGUCACCUUGGUACAAUGUCGACAGAGAAGGAGAGAGAAAGAGUAACAACAAUAACGUUUGAUUUGUUUCAGGUCACCUACCGACUGGUGAAAAUAUCAACUAUGAGACUUAUCUACAAUCAGUCGUCAUUGGAACGUUCAUCGUGCUACGUCGGUAAGAAAGAUCAGCGGGAGUCAAUGGUAAAUAUUCCAAACAAAUUUCAAUAAUAUAGAUAAUACAUAAUAUAAUAUAUAUAUCCUUAUAAUAUUAACAAAAAUAAUUCCAUAUAUAUAUAUAUAUAUAUAUAUAUAUAUAUAUAUAUAAUAAAAAUGAUCUAUGAUCUCGUAAUACUCGUAAUAUUCGAUCGAUUAUAAUUGAUAUUAAUAUUAACGAAAUCGACGACAAUAUUUUUUCGACAAAUAUUUACAAAUACGACCUCCACAAAGAAGUCAUUUCAUUCAUUAAGAUAUAACGCAGUACAGAUAAUACGCAGUAGAAUAUUUAAAACAUAUUUAGUCGGCGUAUAUACUCGAAAGCGUGCGAUUCUGAAAGAAUAAUAAUAGAGUUCGUCAUAUUUCAUUGUUGGUUUGACGAACGAUAGGACGAUGGUUCUUUCAUGGACGAAGGCUUUAUUAUUACUCGAUUAGCUAAUAAAUUAUCGGGAUUUACGGAUCUUAUUUGUACGACAAAAGGAUAGAAAGGAACUUUUUCACGCGUUCAUGGUAGCUUCUAAUGUCUCUCGUAUUCGAAUCAACGCAAAAGGCAAAAGGAACCGUACCAAGGAAUCACUGUAUCCUCGUCAACUCAUAAACGUCAUUACGAGGGACAACCUUGAUUACGUUAGAACGACAUUUUGCUUGAGAAAGAGAGAGAGAGAGAGAGAGAGAGUGGAAGGCCCAGAGAAAAGGACUUGCUCUCAUUCUCUUUCUCUCUUUCUUCUCUUUCUCUCUUUCUUUCUCUUUCUCUCUGUCAUUCUUACGUCGUGCCAAGCCGGUUCGAGACGAAGCCGGGUUUUAACGAUCGGUCAUUAAGUCGCGAAGAAAAUUGAGACGUCCACCUCUCUCGGUGAGCUCAUACCCAAUUGAGUAGCGGCCUUAAUACCCCUUAUGUAUUAUCCGACAGGAGAGAGAGAAGCACCUUGUUAAACGGAUCUCAUCGUCUCUCGCCUUCGCACUUGCAGCUUUUUUUUCUUCUUUUUUUUUCAUCUCUUUUUCGGUUUUUCUUUUCCUUUUUUCUUCGCCCGUCUACCUUCCUCCCACCCCUACAUU